AUGGAGCGCGAUUCUAAGCGCGCUCGUGGCCAAUGGAGAGGAUGUCAUGCAUUUACAGACAUAAUUUGCGAUGGCGAAGGCGCCAAUGGACCCAAGCGAACAGGUGGUUUGAAGAUGGGCUCAACGUACUACUACUACUAUGAGCUCGACAACGGUUCCGAGGUACAUGAUCCAACUGUCCCUUUCACGACCGCCUGUCCUUACCUACCCGGCCAACCUGUAAACCUUCUCUCGGUACCAAUUGAAAUCCAGUCUCCUCGAUAUCGAAGCGCUUCACUGAGCUCCGUAACAAGUCAAGGCAUCAUGACCAUGAAUCCCGCCGAUAAGUUUGUUGCACCGCGACCACCUCCACCACCACCUAGUAUGUCAUCGAGACACAGAGCGACCACCGCUCCCACACUUCCUCCACAGAGGUCCUCUCGUUCAGCGUCGCCAAAAGCCGACAAGACCUCAUGGUCACCACGAUCCUUUUUCGGUCUUCGAUCACCUUCACACGAACAUGACUCUCGGGGACGGUCAUCGUCGGAGAGUAGGAGAUGCGCCCCUCGUUCCAUCUCAAUAGCUUCGACUACCUCGAAUAGAAAGGCAUCUGUUAUGGAGAUUCGUGAUCCAUCACCACAACCUCCUCGUCGAUCUCCUCGCGCCAUUUCACCACCUCGAUCAAUACAACGAAAACGUAGUUCAUCUAUCAUCAUUCCGGAGGAGGUAGCGGACGAAGAGGAUGAUGACAACUUUGCCAGUCAAUCCAAUCUUGGUGCGUUGUAUGAUAGAGGGAUCUUUACACAACUAUCUCCUCCACCAUCUGGUCUUCGUUCACCACCUGCUCGAACCCCACCAACCUUGUCACCUGCUACACUUAGUUCUUUCAAGUCUAGCUCAAGGUCAAACUCCAUCACCAAGCCUCUUCCAGAACUUCCAGAAGAGAGUGUGAUGACGGAGCCUCUUCAGAUGCCAACCAUCACUUCGGUCGCAGAGUUUCCUCGAUCUCACUUUUCCAUUUCAACGAUAUCCACUUCGAUGAGCUCUCCAUCCGGAAGCACAUUUGUCUUUAACGAUUCCUCCAUAUCCGAUUGCAAUGACGAGGGUGAUCUUAUACCUGAUUGCGAGAGUGGUGAUGAGUUCACAUAUAGCCCCGUCUCAGAGUCCAAUGAUGGUCGAGGGUUCACCGGGUACAGCUUACCAGAAGAUCAAUACUCCUCCGAGCUCACUCUCCAAAAGGAAACUGUCUACAGUCAAGUCGCCAGUCCUACAUCACGAGCCACCUUUGGAGGUGCCAACAUCUCCACUCGAGCGGAGAACGAUCUCGGAAACAUGAGCGCGCUUGAGGAGUUGUUAAGCGAGGCUGGAUAUCUUGGGGAAUUCAUUGUCGGAAAAUAA